AUGCCUUUUCCGGAUAAACACAGAGUACUUCUUUUCGCCCUUAUUGGGUCGGUGAUCGCGAAGUGUGGGUCUAUGAAGCCACUGACAGGGUUCAGCGACGUCAUGGAAGACACCAACACGACACGCGCUCUGCUCAACGACUUGCUGUCAGGACCACUCGCCGGGAGGAACAUCUUUUUUGUCCUGGACGAGGGGUCUUUUGACGACCUGACCUUUGAGCCUGCCUUUCACGUCGACCUUGAGAUUCCGCUCGUCCUACUAGCGAGCCAAGACAGUCUGGAAGAGGCUUUAUACCCGAGGAAUUACCUACGGGACGAGGUCGGCAUCGUCAUUAUCAUGACGAAGGCCUCUCCGAUGGCGUUUCUUGACCGAAUGGCCGCUUCUCCCAAGUGGAGGCCGAUGCACCUCAUUCUCAUAUCGACGGGCGCCUCCGUCAACACCCACGACGUCUUGAGGCACAGGGCGGUGCAGAGGUCGCCGUUCCUGGUGCUGUUCGAGCUGACCUCCAGAGCGGGCAGAAGCGUCUUCCAAGUCUUCACGAGUUAUCCCUUCAGGCCCAGAGGCUGGCGCUUCCCCCUGGGCCUGUGGGACGACCAGACCUUCGCCACCAUGGACGACCUGUUCCUCGACCGUUUCGACGACUUCGGCGGCGCUGACCUCCAGCUGGCGUCGUGGUGCGACGACUACCCGUUCAUCUACUUGGACCCCGCCGGCGACGGCUGCAAGGGCUCCAACCUGGACGCCCUCGCCAUCAUGGGCGCGCGGCUCAACUUCUCGUUCUCGGUGCAGCGAGAGACGCAGGACCAGAAUUGGGGCGCGCUCGAGAACGGCUCGUGGACCGGCAUGCUGGGCGACCUCGUCUACAACGGCAAGCACAUCGUCAUCAACUACUUCCUUGUGAACUACGAGCGCUGGAGGGACUUCGACGCCACGGACCCCUACCACGCCGAGGGCUUCGGCUUCCUGGUGCGCAAGCCGCCUCCGCUUCCCAAGUGGAGGAGCCUCACGUACCCUUUCGCGCCGACGACGUGGGGCGCCAUCCUGGGGGCCACGCUCGUCGUGGCGCUCAUCCUGGCGGCGAUCCUGCCGGGGCUCGACGUCGGCGCCGCAGGAGGACCCGACCGCGUCAAGUACGCUGUCUUGGUAUGCGCUGGUAUGACGCGACAGUCUGUGUCUCUGGUACCAACUCGUGCUUGGGAGCGAUUGGGCCUUGGUUGGUGGUGGUUAGGUUGCAUCAUCAUCAGCACCGCUUUCACAGGCAACCUUAUUGCCUUCCUGAGCGUGCCUGUGUAUCCUGUUCGAGUCGAGACUGUGGCUCAGUUAGCUAUCUCGGAUCUCAGAGUGACGAUGCAGGACUACGGUGAAUUCGUUCCCGAAGAGCUCAAGCGUUCCUCUGACGAGUCCCUCUACACCAUCGGCCACAAGCUCGACCUGUUUCCGUACGACCAAGAUUACGACCCGGGCAUCGAGGGUGUCAUGAGGCGCACCCACGUCCUCAUCGAGAGUUACUCGUACCUCAUGAAUGUCCAGAUCCGUUUCAAUGUCACGAAGGAUACGUAUCUCAUGAAGGAACAGGUGUACCCGGGCCACCUCUCUUGGUUCCUGCCCAAGAACACGGCCUACACCACCAAGAUCUCGCGCUUGCUGACGAGACUCAAGGAGGUGGGGCUCCUGCAGAAGCUCUUCAAGAAUCACUUCCAGUCCGUCGCGUCCUUCGAAGCAGAGCAGAGAACGGGGCCGCAAGCACUGAGCAUCGCCCAGCUUCAAGGAGCCUUCCUCCUGCUGGCUUUCGGCGGGGUCACCUCUCUCGUUAUCCUUUUUAUCGAGGUCAUCCUUGGGUCACGCUUUCACUAG